AUGCUGCUGGCUCUGCUGCUGCUGCUGCUGCUACUGCACCUCCGGGGCCGGGAGUCCACCAAUGGGCACCCACUGUACAUGCGCCUGCCCCCCAGCACCCUGCAAGCGCUGUCCGCCCAGGGGACGAAGGCGCUGCAGGCUGUCCAGAGAAGCGCCCGGGGGGCGGUGGCUCGCGCGGCCCUGGAGCUGCAGCACAGGCUGUCUGGCCCCACCCUGCGGGCCUCCCUCCUUCUCAGGGACAGAGGCGAGGUGGGGCUGCGGCCGGACGAUGCCUCUGACGGCCUCUGCGAGCAGGAUCUGGGCACCCCAGGCCUCAAGAUCUCCUCCUCCAGCAUCCCCUCGAGUCAGGUCCCCGGCAGCAUCGUGGGGGGCAGGGCGGCGCCUGGGGGGGCCUGGCCCUGGCUGGUGAGGCUGCGGUGUCCUGGGUGCGUCCGGUCCUGGGUGCUCACCGCGGCGCACUGCUUCGCGGGUGCCCCCAGGGAGCUUCUGGGGACUGUGACGCUGGCCGAGGGAUCCCGGGUGCAAGCCGAGGAGGUGCCAGUGGGCCGCAUCUUGCCUCACCCCAAGGUGAGAGGGCAGCUCCUAGGUCCUCGGAACUGAGAACAGCCCCCCACCCCGCGCCCCGUGGGCUGAGCGCCGCCCCCCUCCCCGACCUUCCACGGUGACCUGGCCCUGGUGCAGCUGUGGACGCCCGUGGGCCCCGCUGGGGCCGCGCCCGUGUGCCUGCCUCAGGGUGUCAGGGAGCCCCCCGGCACCGUGUGCCCCAUGGCGGGCUGGGGGGCACUCAUCGAAGACGGGCCUGAAGCUGAGAUGGUGAGGGAGGCCCAGGUGCCGCUGCUCAGUGCUGACACCUGCCCGAGGGCCAUGUUCGGUGCUGGUUACCUGGCAGGGGGCAUCGACCAUGCCAGGGGGCUCUGGAGACCCCUGACAUGUUCUGAACCUGGCCCCGCGCCCAGAGGUCCUGUAUGGAGUCACCUCCUGGGGGACGGAUGCGGGGAGCCGGGGAAGCCGGGGGUCCACACCCGCGUGGCUGUGUUCGAGGACUGGCUCCGGGAGCAGAUGAGCGCGGCCUCCUCCAGCCGCGAGCGCUGCAGGAGCUUCUGGCCCGGGGCGCCCCGAGGACCCGCAGGCCGAGCCGCCGCGCGCUGCGCCUUCUUCGCGCGUCCGUGUGAGGGGCGGGAGGGGCCGGGCCCGCGUCUGGCCGCCCCUGGGACGCGUCUCCCUCGCGCAGAGCUGCACUCGCUGGCGCGCGCCCUGCUGGGACCGCUGCGGGGCGCGCAGGAGCUGCUCCCCCGGGCCUGGGGAUCCUGCGUCUGGAUCCGGCCCCCGCUCGCCGCGCUCCAUGGCCCCGGGAGCCCCGGGAGCCUCCCCUGCCGGCUGCCCGCGAGCGGAGGCUGCACCCAGGCACCCCGCGCCCUUGCAGCCCGGCCCAGGCCCUGCGCUCCGUCCAGCCCCCGCGCUCCCCUACCCGGCUUCUCCCGGGAGACCGGCUGCCGGCGUCAAGGCUGCCCUGGGCUGGAGACCCUGCGCCAGAAACUGGCCUCCCUUCAGGACAGCCAUGCCUGGAUCCUGCAGGUCCCCUCGGAACGCCUGGCCAUGGACUUUCAGGAGGUCCUGGCUGACCUCCGCUCCAAGACACUGACAGGGCUCUUCCCAGCCCGGGUGCGGGCAGGCCUGGGGCGCCAGCCGGUGGUCUUCAGCAGCCUGGUGGGCCUGGAGACGGCCACGCUGGCCCGUAGCCCCCCGCGGUUGCUGGUGCAAGCCGUGCGGGCCUUCCGCUGGGCCGCUCUGGCAGAAGCAGAAACCGAGGCGGGCGUGGGUGUGAGGCAGGGCCAGUCUCUGGGGAGGGGCAGCCCCCACUCACUCAACCCUCAGACCCCCCCAGCCAAGCAGCCAUAG